AUGUCCGCGCACAACAGCCAUCACCAUCAAACAUCUUCCUCUGCCGACGUCGCUGCUCAAUCAAGCGCAAACCUCUCGAUUGACCCCAAUACCGCAUACACCCCCAGCGACAACCAGCUCGCGGGCUUAGUUGAAGCCGCGACAGCGGCCGCCGGUCAAGAUGUGUCCCCUCAUUGGGCUGCUGCUGUCGCAACAGCUGCUGGUGAAGCGAGCCACCACCAAUUAGAUACAUAUGGGUCAGAUAUGCAUCUUGGCGAUGAAAGCUUCAACGAGACCAAUUUUGCGGGUGGCUUGAGCAAUGCUCGUCACUUACGGGUGCAGAACGAUCACGCGCAGGGGCCUGGACUCUCGCGAACCGUUUCGAAGAAGCGGAAGCGCAACGAGGACAACCUCGAUCCUGCGCUUGCUGGUGCCGGGAUGUCUGGGUCGCAACAGCAACAACAGGUCCAUCAACCCACACAGCACAGUCAUCAACCCUAUUCCAGUGGUAAUUUCAUCGUUCGCCCCGUUCCUCCUCAGGCACUCGCUGAUGCACGUUCAGUUGGUGUACAUUCUGCUGCGGCGCUGUUCCGGCAACCAUCCGAGAACAAAAAGUAUACGCGACCACCGAUGUCAAAGUUGUUUACAUCAUUAGAACUGUCGCCAGAGAAUUUCCUCCAUCUUCAGGCUGCGGCCAAGGCGUUCAUGUUAAACGACGAACACCCCGAACGGCGCGAUUGUGUUGGCCAACGAGGAAAAGGCGACACCGAAAUGGUGAAAUUGCGCCUUUGGAAUUGCGUCCGACAAUUUCUUGACGAUGAGGGGAAUGGCGAGCGUUUCUUCGGAGAGAACGUGGUGAAUGAGGGACUUGGGCCUCGUGAAUUUGUCUGGCCCCGAGAUCAACAAAAGAUCAUCCUUUUGGUCAUUCCGCUCUUGCGGAGGAUGGUCACAAACGAGCGCCAGCGCCAAUACGCCGUCGAAACGCGGAAGGGUGGCGGCGGGGAUGAGCGUCGGCGACGGAAAACAAGUGAGAACCUUCAAGAGAUCUCUUCCACCACCUCCAUCCCGGCCCAGUUUGCUCCCGAGCAGCAGUUGCAACAUCUACACGCUCAAGCGCAGCCAAUGCAUUCUGCUCAUGCGGCUCCGCCUCUCACUGGGCCCACCCAAGCAAAUCAAGGUGCCCAAGAUCAGAUUGAAUCUGGCCAGAUUAUGGAUGUGGGGCUCAACGACCUGCUCUUGGACGGAUACACCGUCGACUGGAACGACAUGGCCCGCUCUUAUGAUAUUUUUAACCAAAACUACGAGUUGGACAACCUCUGGUCUGUCUCUGGCCUCGACCAACCUGAGUGGCGAGGGCUCGUCGCGGCUGUUGACAGCCAUUACCAAGUCGUUCAUCGAGGUGAUUUCGACUGUCCCCCGGCUUGCGAGGAUGCAAACAUCUCCCGCAUUGUUCACGCUGACGCGACCGCAAACCUGUCCUGGCGUGUUGGGGGUGCUCGUAACCCGCCAGCUCGAGAUGCAUUUGUCAACGGCAUUACUCGUGAUGUUUCGCGUGUUAUUCGAGAAUCGUUAGCCAGUCGCAAUGGAGAUCAUUCCGCGACCCAGUUACCAGCUGGUCCUGACCAGCACUUCCAAACACAGCCUUCCUUCGUUGCAUCGAACGAAGUGAAACCAAAUGGCGCCACGGCGUUACCGCCAUCGCAUCACGCAUCUCACACCCAAAUCACCCUUCACAUCAACGUGCUCCACCGGGGGAAGCGUAUUCUUCCCCGGCUUGAUCUCCCGGCUGGGCAGUGCCCCAAUGUAGACAUGAUCAAGGAGUCUGUCAUCCGACGCUACCACAACCAGAUUCCAGGCCUUCCUGUGCUCCAAGGAGCAGACGGGGUUGACCAGCAAGUCCGGGAUAUGGCUGGAGCCGUCAGUUGGAGUGUCAAAGCCCUCUUGUCUGAUGGACUCGUCUCCAUUCAGAGCGAGAAAGACUGGGCAUUCGCUCUGCUGUCAGUAGAUACCGUGGAUUGGAUGGAUGGCGACUUGAAAAUUCUUAUUGGCGUUGACGGCGAUAAUACCCAGUAG